AUGGCCACGGUGAGCACAGAUGCCACGGACAGAGACACAUGCAGGUUUAAAAUCGUCCUCACCUUGGUGGCCUCUGGAAUAGAGUGCAUCACUGGCAUCGUUGGGAAUGGCUUCAUCACGGCCAUCCAUGGGGCCGAGCGGGCCAGAGGCAAAAGACUCCCUGUCAGUGACUGCAUUCUGCUGAUGCUCAGCCUUUCCAGGCUCUUGCUGCAGAUCUGGAUGAUGCUGGAGAAUACUUACAGUCUACUGUUCUGGGUCACUUAUAACCAAAACACAGUGUUUAUACUCUUCAAAGUCGUCAUCAUGUUUCUGAACUAUUUCAACCUCUGGCUUGCUGCCUGGCUCAACAUCUUCUAUUGUCUUAGAAUUGCAAAUGCUCACCCUUUGUUCUUCUUGAUGAAGAGGAAAAUCACAGCGCUGAUGCCUUGGCUUCUGGGACUGUCACUGUUCAUCUCCUUAUGCUUCAGCUUUCCCUUCUCUACAGAUAUCUUCAAUGUGUAUGUAAAUAGUUCCAUUCCCAUCCCCUGCUCCAACACCCGGGAGAAGUACUUCUCUGAGACCAAUGUGGUCAACCUGGUUCUUCUCUAUAACCUGGGGAUCUUCAUUCCUCUGCUCAUGUUCAUCCUUUCAGCCACCCUGCUGAUCAUCUCUCUCAAGAGACAAACCCUCCACAUGGAGAGCAAUGCCACUGGUUCCAGGGACCCCAGCAUGGAGGCUCACAUGGGGGCCAUCAAAGCUACCAGCUGCUUUCUCAUUCUCUACAUUUUCAAUGCAGUUGCUCUAUUUAUUUCCAUGUCCAACAUCUUCGAUAUCAACACUUCCUGGAAUAUUGUGUGCAAAAUCGUCAUGGCCACUUACCCAGCUGGCCACUCAGCGCUACUGAUCUUGGGGAACCCUGGGCUGAGAAGAGCAUGGAAGAGGUUUCAGCACCAUGUUCAUCUUCACCUGUAA